AUGGAUCCUAGCAGACAGUUGUGGUUACUGUCCAAGCCUGUAGGAAGAACUUCAGAAGCAUCUGCAUUGGGACAGAACAUGACUGUCAACCUCAGUGCCUCCAUGUCUACAUUUGCUACCCUGCCUGUUCUCCCAACUGCCCCCCAGCCAACAAUCCAAUUAUUCUGGGAGGCCCCAGAACCCCUACUGACUGAAGGCAUCUCUCCCUGGAAUCCUCUAGUGUUAUCUGCCUUGCCUGGGAUGUCUUUGGCGGCAGAAGCUGGAAGUACAACACUGGAUAUAGCUGUACCUCUGAACAUUGUGCAAGUGGGGACACCAGGCAGGCCUGUACAGCCCAUGCCCCAUGCCAACAUUGUCCUCACAGAGGAGUCCCUCAAUUUUAAUGUCCCUGUGACCCAAGGUGGGGGUAUGGGUUGCCCUGCUUCCCUCUUCAUAACAGCAACUGCUGCGAAUACCUUCAUAAAUGAUCAAAUUGCUUCGGACGUCCAGCCCCAAGAAGGAUUGUGGGUCCUGGAAUCUCACCCUCCAACCACACAGCCAGUUGUCCAGCUGGUUCCUGUCAGGUCCCCAGUGAACUCAGCACCACCUCCAAUAGGAGCAUUUGGAGAGAGUUGUCCAGCCAAUGUCCAAACCAACUCUCCAGAAAACUGCUUGACCAACCCAGACAGUGUCUAUGGGAAUAUCCGGCACUGUCAGUAUAUCAAGACUCUGGUCCAGCAGCACCUGUCCCAGACUCCAGACGUGUCAGCUUUCUCCUGCUUCUUCAUAUCCCUGAUAUACUCCAUCAAUCAUAUCUGUGGCCAUAUUACCAGUAAGAGUUUCUUUGUGGCUCUAGGCAAGGACAAGAAAGGCCUUAAGGAAGAGUCACAUGAAACAUGCAACUCCAUGAAGACUGGUCCUCACACAGACCCUGCCUGCCUCCCAGUACUCAGACACACACAAUUACGAAAGACUGAGGCAACCAUGGAAAUUCCACCUGAAGAUGUGCAUGAGUACAUGGAUAUUAUUGACUGGCUGGAGAGGCUUCCACAGUCAUACACAGGAGAGCCCACAGAAAAGGAGGAAAAGGAGAACAGUGGGCCGGAGAAGGAAGGAGAUGACUUCUACUCAGAUGCAGGAGUCCUGAGCUACAUUGAUGAGCUGUGCUCCCAGAAACACUUCUUUGAGAAACUGAGCUGUGUGGAGGACAUUAUAAACCCCAAAUUUGUGGCAGAAAUCCUAUCUUCCAAACCAGAGAUGGACAUCCUGUCUCUAAUGAAGGAGCUGGAGUAUGAGGAAGAACUCAGUGUUGAGCAGCAUCUGGAGGAGCACUGGCCGGGUUUGAAGAAGAAAUGCUAUAAGAGGGCACCUCUGAACACUGGUGCCCCUCAGAUACUUUCCAACUCUUCUGUACCUACUGUCUGCCAAGGCACAAAGGAAGAUGACCAUGGUCCCCAAAGAGGGGACAGUACACAGAAAGUUUCCUCACCUGUGCUUUCUUUAGAUCAUCAGUGUCCUGGAGCUACCAAUGAAGAAAUAUGGGGGCCUAGGCCUAUUGACUUCCAAAGUAGUCAGUGUUUAGCCUCACUGGGAGAUGUCGGGUCCACUGCUAUUUCCUAUGGCAGAAGAGCCCAUCCCCAAAGCCCAGGGUCCAGAUCUGCAAUGAGCCUCAGAGGAAUUUCUGCUAUGGAGGAAUUCCAGGAGUCACUGGGCAGAACCAUGGAGGAAAAAGAGGAGCUCCCCAGCUUGUCCUUCCUCCUGUGGUCCCACUAUAGGCUGGUGCCAUGGAAACUGUCUGGCCCAUAUACAGGUCUCUCUGACUCUGCUAGUAUCCCCAAACCCAUCUCAAAGAUAAAGUACCUCAGUCCUGAUCCAUCUGCAACUGACAUGACAAAUAAGCGAGCUCUCAUUGGAGGCUUGACUCCAAUGGAUAAGAAGUCCAAAUCAGGGCUUUGUCAUGGGAUGUUUGAAGGGCCACUCUCAGCCCUGGAUAUCACUCAACCCUUGCAGGCACAGAAGAAGAAGUUAGAGUCACUAGGCCCCUGGAAGAGGUAG